AUGGAUCCUGAGCAACCGUCGUCCGCUUUACUGGCACCUACGCUCGAAAAUCUCGCUUCCGUCAAGGUCUUUCCCCUCAUCCCAGCUCUCAAGAAGGAUGUUAUCAACACAAUUGACAGUGCUCUCAGUUGGGACCAGCUGACCGCAGCGGACAUCAACUUCACAAUUGUCAGGCCAAUCGUGAAUAAGUAUGCUCGACUCAAAAACAUGGCCGUCGUAUACGCAUGUCUCGUUGUGCGGUCAUAUUUCCUAUCAGAAUCAGAUUCCAACCUUGCUUUUGCCGGCGUCAUGCUCUCCCGUGCGAAUUUAUGUGAAAUUCUGGCCUACAAGCUUCUUGGUCCCUUCGCGACAAAUUAUUUCCAGCUGGUUGCCGUGCUGACAACCAGCUGGAGCCCUUUAGCUGGCGCGACCCGUGAGGUCGUCGUUGAAGUAGAGCAGAAUUUAGGAGCUCGCGACGUCGAAUCCUCACAGAGCGCCCUAGAGAUGGCGAUUUCAACAGAUGCCAAAGCUUUCUUAUCUUCUCCCGUGACCCAAAAGGUGGUGAACGAUAUUUAUAACGGCACCGUCGUCUUCUCGCACACAGCGCAUCGAUCUAUUCUGGCGGAUAAUUAUAAACCCCGUGCAAUUGAAAUUUAUGACCCUCAAGCAGCCCCGUUUCUUGACCACUAUAGACUCAGGGUUCCGAAAUAUGGCAAUUACUUCGAAUUCCUCAAUUUUGCCCUUCUACUUCUUACUUUUGUACUAUGCCUCUCGACCCAGGAUAAGACGAAAUUGACAAAUUGGGAGGUAGCAUUUAUCAUCUUUGGCAGUGCAUUUGCUUUGGAAGAAUAUACCGCGGCGACGGAACAUGGCUGGAUCAUCUAUAUUGCGAACACCUGGAACGCUUUUGAUUUCUCGCUUGUUGUUAUUUUCCUUGCGUACCUUGGAUUGAGAAUCAAGGGCCUCAGUUUCAACGAUUUGUCAACAUCCAGUAUGGCUUUCGACAUCUUGUCGUGCGCUGCUUGUAUCCUAUUCCCGAGGCUGGCCUUCUUCGCUGUAUCAGACAAUGUAGUUGUGCUGUCUCUCCGUGCCAUGAUAGCGCAAUUUGUGUUCUUCAUUGGCAUAGCAGCCAUCUGCUUUUCUGGCCUCCUGUUUGCUUUAUGGACUCUUGAUAACAGAUCCCAGCAGACCUCUUGGUCUAUCAGUUCAAUAGCCUGGCUGAUGGUCCAGAUCUGGUUUGGGAAUACCUCUCUUAGUUUUGAUCAAGCCACUAGUUUUCACCCAAUUCUAGGCCCAAUUCUCAUGACCAUUUUUGCUGCGCUAUCCAACACCCUGCUUUUGACCAUCCUUAUCUGUAUAUUAUCAAAUACUGUUGCAAGGAUCGACUCGAAUGCCACACAGGAGCAUCUUUACCAGUUUACCAUAUCGACAAUUGAAGGCGUCAAGUCUGAUGCCCUCUUCUCAUACCAACCGCCUUUUAACCUUGUCGCCUUGAUUAUUUUGAAACCAGCUAGCUGGUUUCUAUCGCCUCGCGCUCUCCAUUCUACCAACGUUUUCCUCAUCAAGUUGACAAGCCUCCCUCAACUCAUAGUAAUUGGGUUAUACGAACGACACUUGUGUAGCUGCCGAAGAUUCAGAUCGUCAGGAAAGGAUGCUGCCUACUCUUUUUACAACAGCCUGCCUCGUCACAUCAGGAACAUACCUUUGGUUGAAGCCCUUGUGGGUUCUGCCUCCAAUGACCUAUAUGAUGCCAUCUUCGAAGUUGAGGUAGCUGAAGACUUUGACAUCUUUGACGAAUCCGACGACGACGCUCCUGCCUUGCGCUCCUUCGAUUCCAGGGAGGAUAUACGCGCCAGCGGAACAUCGCCGGGGCCCGAACGCCGAAAACGACCACCUAGCUUGAAUGGCUCUCGGGUCGGUUCUAGCCCUCAAGCGUCCCCCAGGCAACAAUUUAUCAGUACACUCUCUCCGGAUGACAUUCCUCAGGCUUCUCCCAGGCGACGGGUUAUCAGUACACUCUCUCCAAAUGACGUUUUCGCAUCUCCAGAUGCAAUAACGACCAGCUUCAGGAGUCCGUUAGCAAGGCUCUUUAGUCAGCGCAGUCCUGUUGAUGGCCCAGCCGUUGGUGAAGCCAGUCUCAAACGGAUCGAAACACUUCUCGAUGAUGUGCGCAGCUUGCCUGUUCAGCGUUUGAAGGAAGAGAUGAAAGAACUUCAGGAUCGUCAAGCUCGUAUUGAGAACCUCCUCUUAAUGCUCACGCGAGGUAUGCGAAAUGAAAAACAAGGCACUAUUUCGACAUGA